AUGCAUCUCAACGGCCUACUCCGCGGGCUCACCCUGCUGUUACUCAGCAGCGGGGCCGUCUCUCUCCCGCACCAGGAUAGCCGGAACGAUCUGAUGCACAGCAGACGCCACCUGAUGGCGAGGCAAGCUCCCGUCUCAAACACCACAAGACCAGCUAGCACCAGGGCCUCCUCCACACAACCCCUAAUCACUCCCGACCCUAGAACAUCCACACGCGUAUCAUCCACAUGGACAACCAUCGGGACGUCAAGCUCAGCACCGACAACUCAGACAAUCUCUGGUGGAGAGGUCGUCGUAGCAGUUAUCGGAGCAACCUACGUAGCUGGCGCUGGCGGCGGAUCUCUCGUGGUUGCAGGUGUCACCCACGCGCUAGCUCCCGGAGCUGUUGUGUCAAUCAUCGGUACCGGAGCGAACGGUGAUACUCCUGAGAUUGAAAACAUCUCGAAUCCGGCCCCAUCACAAAAUCCGCAAACCUCGGAUCCGGCAGAAUCCAAGCCUCCUUCUUCUGCUCCGUCUGUUCCCAGCUCUACCUCCGCAGCACCUACUUCAACAUCUGCAACAUCGUCUUCCACACCGUCAUCCACAGCUGUACCAACGCCCUACAUCAUUCUCACUUCGCAAAACUCCACAAAACAAGAGAUUCAAGACCUCAACAACACACUCUCAAGAGAUGCUGCACCAAGGUCACUGGAGGAGGUCAUUAGUGACCGCACCGGCUUGGUGGCCAUGUUCAAGGCGAACAUCACUACUGAGCAGGCAAACGCUAUGUCCAAGCGUCCUGGUGUUGCCGGUGUCACUCCUGAUGAGAGGCUGGAAGAAGAGCAACCGCCGUCAUCUUCUGCACCGCCUUCAUCUGCAUCGCGCCAGCCAACAGCGACUGGCCCUCCUGGUUCGCCAAAGACAAGUGUUCCUAACCCGUCUGAUAUUGCACUACAAUCGGAUGCAGUUGAUGAACUCAAGGCAAUUUCGCAGCCAGCUGGAGCAAGCAUUGCGGACUUGCCUGGAUUCGGAUAUGCUUCUGAAGCUGGAAAGGGAGUCACGAUUUAUGUCAUUGACACGGGCGCCAAUGCUGAGAACUCCGAAUGGACGGGCAUGACGGGAACGAAGGGCUUUAUGUACGCCCCUGGCGCGACGAAGGACGAGACUGACUUCUUGAACCACGGCUCCUGUGUAGCUUCGAAAGCAGCCGGACCAGCAUACGGCACCGCCAAGGGAGCUGAUUUGAUUGCUGUGAAGCUACCAGGCACUCUCUCGCUCUCCGCUAUCUUCACAGCUUUGAUUGAGAUUAGCAACGAUGUCUUCCAGAAGAAGCUUGAAGGCAAAGCUGUCAUCAACAUGUCCCUAGGAUCUCGUAUCCCCGACAAAUUGUCGUCUACCACCACCGCGUACAAGCUACUGCUUGUAGCCCUUAUGGCCGAAGAUAUCGUCAUCGUCACGGCGUCUGGAAAUGAUGCUCAAUAUGGCGUGGAUGAUGUGACAGAGUACCCUGCUCUCUUCGGGCCUACCACGGAUAUCAUCGUCGUUGGAGCGACUGAGAAUGACGGCUACCGUGCAUUUUUCUCCCAAGGCACUGGAGAUCAACUAACUGUUUCUGCCCCCGGUUUCGUCGAUUGUGCCUCUGGUAGAUCUGCCGGUUCGCAGGAGCUUUAUGGGACUUCGUUCGGUAAGUCAACAUACCCACUUCCUGGCACCCCCCUGUUUCUGGCACCCACAAAAACGCGAAAAUCCACCACAACCCAAUGCCCACCCCCAACCUCCUUUUAUCACAACAUUUUCAAUUCGCGUCCAAAUGGGCUCAUCUUUUGCACAUGUCUUCUUCUAUAUAUAAUGCCUCAAUAUACCGAAGAUCAGCUUCGUCAGGCUCUCGAGGA